CGCCAUGACGUCUUUGUAUAAUUAUUACAUACAUUUUUAGUUUACCUUGUUUUGAAAAACAAACAAUUGAUUAGUGUCAAACUCACAAUCACAGAGAUCACACAAACAAUUGUAAAGUGUAUUUUUUGUUUGAAUAUAGAAAAAUGUUUUUGGAGAAAAAUUCAAGAUAAUUUUUUGUUUAAAUCUAAAAAAUUGAAGAACCUUUUUAUUCAAAAAAGGAACAGCAAAUCAAGUUUAAAAUCCAGUGCGUUGUUUUUUGUUUUUACUAUUUCUAGACCGAGUUUUGACUUACAAUUUUAAAAUGGAAGUGACAGAUGUCGAAGGAGGAUGUAAGACAGUUGUGCCGAGAAAAAAUACAGUGAGAUUGGUGUUUAGAACAGUGUUACAUGGACUGAUACUUCUUCAUCAUACAGCAGUGAAUUUGUUUGGUAUAGCAUCGGUGGCAGUUAAAGCCUUGAGUUCGGACAACCCAGAAAUAUACCAGAUGGGCUGUUUUGCACCUGCUUUUGGUACUAACUGGAACUUUUCGUUCCAAACAGUCUUCCUGUUCCUGUCCCUCACAUACGACAUCUGCGAAUGGCUGAGCUUGCACGAAGUGCCGCGAGCUAAGAAGAUCGCCUACUGGAGGGACAUCGUGUUCACUUCGCUGGUCUUGCCUUACACUUUGUUCGUCUCCCUAAUGUUCUGGAGCGUAUACUGGAUAGACCGGGAGCUGGUCUUCCCUAAAGUCUACGACAGCAUCGUGCCCUGGUGGUUCAACCACUGCGUCCAUACCAACAUCAGUAUAGUGGUGCUGAUCGAGACCCUCCUCCAGGCUAGAAGGAAACCGGUCAACUUGAAGCUGGAGCUGAUCCUUACAACCUUUGUAAACGUGGGGUAUGCUGUUGUGUACUACUCCAUCUUCUUCUUCGCAAACCGCUGGUUAUACAACGUCUUCGGCAUCAUGACCUGGUGGCAGGUCUGCAUGUACCAGCUACUCAUCUGGGCGUCCAGUUACGUCUUCUAUUACAUGCAAUUCCCUAUCAACCGUCUCAUCCACGGCUCUGAGCCAGAACCAGAGAAGACCGUCAUCGAGAGAGUGGAAAAAGAACCCCAGUUAGAAAAAGUUCCCGAGCCUGUUGAAGAGACCGUCUUCGAGAAAAAAGGCAACGGUAUAGCUAAGAAUUUCGAGAUAGCAGCUAUGCAGAAUAAUCUAGAUACGAUGGAUGCGCCUUUUUCUUCAGAUAAUUGGAGUCUAAAAUACAGAUCGCUGAGAGAGAAGUUCGAGAACUCUAGGUUAUGAAAUGAAUGUGAUAAACCUGUGAUGUAAUAGUUCAAAAGGUAGAUAAGGCAGGAUUGUGACGAGGAUUGUCUCGUUGUGUCGCGAAAAUGUGUCAUUGACUUUUAAGAGAGAGUUUAAUGUUUAGAGCCUCUGAUAUACUUACAACUGACGUAACAGUGCAAAGUUAAUGUUUCCAAAGGCUACGGUCUUCUAAACACUAUAUAUGGCGUCUGACGUCAGCGUCAAACGUUCCUAUCGACUCGCAUACGGUGUCUACGACAUCUGAAAGACCACAACAGCACAUUUUUGUAGUAAGCAUUGUGACGCGGCCUAAGACGUGAUGCUGUACGCAGCUUACAAUGUUUUAGGAGACCGCAGCCUCAAAUUUUGACAGUCGUAGUUGGUAUUUUAUAACGGCUAUCACGUGCAGCAAUGACUUUAGAAAUAGGUGACACUGCGCUAGGGCGCAAUUGCGCCAACUAAGCUUACUGUGGCGGGUGAGUUAACUCACUUCUUAUAAUGAAGCUGCACUAGAGUUACUUAGUUAAUGCAAAAAGUUUUGCUGAGUUACUCAUCUCGCGUUGUGUGUCAAAUUAAAUUAAAAUGUUGGUUGAUAGUAUUUAAGAGAACAACGAGUAUGUUUUUAUAUAAGUAAAAAAUUGAGAAAUCAGUUCUUUUGCCUGUGUUCUAUGGUCUUGUACUACAAAACAUUACUUUUCCGUGCCUAUGCAGUAGGUAACUUUCACGUUUCAUAAUUUUCAUUAUGCAUUUAAAAUGUAAAUUUUCUGAAAUGUUUGUAUUUAAAAAAAGAAUAAUAAAAAAGUAAAAAAUAAUAAUUGUAUAAUAUAAAAAACAUAUACUUUCUAAAGUUAUAUUUUUAUCCAUUUUAUAUUACAACAAAAAUUAAAUAUGAAUAUCGUGAUACUAUUUUGGGACACUUUAGUUACAACAAACAACUGCUGUAAAUAAUGCUUUGAAGAACCUUAGUAUUUGCAUUUAUUGUUUUUAAUAUUAGAGAAUGUACUUGUUUUUCUUUUACAAACUCGACUUAUUUCAAUUGUAAAUAUCUUUUCUAAAACAAAAAUGCCUUCUUAGCCAUCUUGCAAGCCAAAGAAAUGAAUUAUGUAUCCAAUAUUGUUAUGUUUAUUGAAAAAUACCUACAUGCCAGUCACUUUAAUUUGUAUACAUACUUCCAUCCAAAAUAAAAAUAAAAAAUACAAUUAAUCAAAUAUAAAUUAUUUUCAAUUGAUCAAUGAAAAUUUUGUGUUGUAAAUAGUUACUUAAUGUCUUUAUAUUUUCAAUUUACUUAACUUUAUACGUGUAUAAGUAGUUCUUCAAUAUCAUUGUGUAGAAUAUACUAUAAGUUACGGUACGAAAAUGGUUUUAUACGUUAAUAGGUAGAAUAAAUGAAAUAAUUAUA